AUUGAACCUUUUCUUCCAACCCUACUCUACUUUGCCACUCUUUCUUCCUUUUCUCUCUGUCCCCUCCAAUUCCAAAGCUUUCGUCAAAACCCUUUUCAUCUCCCUCACCCUCAUCCUUUCUUCACCGCUUUGCGCUUUCCUUGGGGUUUCAUUUUAUUCCCUGCGCAUAACAUAACAUAACCCAUAUUUAUUCCCUCCUUUAUUAUUUUUCUUUAUAUAUUACCUCUGAGGAUUUUGCCUGUUCAAUUUUGAUCAGCCACACAACAUGGGGUUCUCCGAGAAGUCACUGCAGGUUGAUGGAGGCUUAGAAACGGAAGGGAAAAAAUGGGUUAUUGCCGGAAUCCCCUUACGGGCUCCGUUGAAGCCUAUAUAUGCCAACCCGGCGGAGAAGGAAUGGGACGGCACCGGCGAAGCCCAAGAAGAGUGUUCGACGACGCCGACUGGGGAGGAGUCGAGGAUUCCAACGAGGUUGACGUGCCCGCCGGCUCCCAGAAAGCGUAAACCUUCUUUCAAGUGUAACUAUGGCGGUGUCAGGGAGUUCUUCACUCCUCCGGACUUGGAAACUGUGUUUAUGCAGAGGGCUAGCUAACUCGUUGAUUGUUGAAUUUGGAGGCCUAGCUUUGAUCAUUUGUUAGAACUAAUUAAUAUGUGAUUCUAGUUUGUACCUUUAAUUUCUUCCUCUCCCUCUCUCCCUCUCUUUGUUUUCUCUCAUGACGCUUAUUGUAGCAGGGUAGGAGUUGAUGAUGUACAGGGUCUUAUAUAUAAAAGAGAAAAAAAAAAAGAAAAAAAAGUUGGCAA